AUGGCAGCGGUCGCCGCUGGCAACGGGCUGCCGUUUGCCAUGGGCGUGUCAACGCAAUUGGGGCAUGCGUACGGACGCAUGCUGCUGCGGCGGCUUGGGAACCUGCGACCCCGGUUCCCGUCGGGGCGCAGCCCAGGCACGAGCAGCAGCAGCAGCAGCAGCAGCAGCAGCAGCAGCAGCAGCAGUAGCAGCAGUAGCACACGCAUCAGUGGCAGCAGCGGGGGGUCUCGCAGCGCUACCUUAUCACACAGAGGGCUGGCGCGGCAAUUCCUGCAGCGGCAGGAGCAGCAACAGCAGCAGCAGCAGCCGCUGACGUGGCAGCGGAUAGCGCGGCAGCUGGUGUCCCGCGCGUCUCCCGUAUCUCCCGCCGCCGGCCUCGCGCCGCGCGCCGGCGCAGCUGCUAUGCCUCUCGGGCGCGGCGCUGAGCCGCUCUUGCGCCCCCUGCAGCCGCUGCUGCCGUUCGCGGCGCGCCCGUUCCUGCGGCCACGUGUGCCGCGGCGCCCCCGUUGCGGCGCCGUCCCCACGGCCGGCGCGGCGCGCGGCUACUCGGCAGCUGCCGCGGCGUGGUACCCACACCCGCCCGCAAACCUGGCGCGCGCAGCGGAGGCGGCUGCGGCGGGGUGGGGCGGCCUCGUCUCGUGGGCGUCGGAGGGCAUGUGGGCGGCGCAGUCUGCGAUUUUGAACGCCCUGAACCUGGCGGGAAGCCACCUGCCAAAGGGGAUCGCGCUGCUGAUCGCGGACUGGAUCAACAACAGUCCGCUCGUGCGCGGCGCGCGCGGGGACGCGUCCGCGGACUGGUCCUAUUCUAUAGAGCGGCCGCCGCCGACGGCUGCAGGCGCCUGCGGCGGCGCCGCGCGGCACGACGCCGCGUGGCGGCGCGCGCUGUCCGCGGCGCUGGCGGCUGCGGGCGCGGCGUGGGCGGCGGCGGCGUUUGCGGCGCGGAUACUGUGGCUGUCAGUUAUCAUUGCGCCGGUGGUGCUGUCGGCGCCGCUGGCCCUGAAGUGGGGGUGGCGGCGCGCAGAGUGGAUGGAGCUGCUGCGGAUGACGCUCGAGGCAGCGGGGCCCGCGUGGGUCAAGUGGGGCCAGUGGAGCGCGACGCGCCACGACAUCUUCCCGCCAGACAUGUGCGCCGCGCUCGAGGUCCUGCACGCCUCCGCGCCGGCGCACCCCUUCCGUGACACCGACGCGGCGAUCCGCCGCGCGUUUGGGCUGCCAGCGGCGGAGAUAUUCGAAUGGCUGGAGGAGGCGCCGCUCGCGAGCGGCAGCAUCGGGCAGGUGCAUCGCGCGCGGCUGAGCGCCAAGGGCGCCGCGCUCACGGGCUGCGCGCCCGGCAGCGUGGUCGCCGUGAAGGUGCGCCACCCCCACGUGUGCGACGCAAUUGAGAGUGACUUCCGCACCAUGCUGUGGCUGGCGCACACCGCGUCGGCGCUGGUGCCUAGCCUGCGGGACCUGCGGCUCGAGGACACACUCAAGCAGUUCGAGGCGCCGCUGCACGAGCAGGUCGACCUGUCUCGGGAGGCUCGCAACUUGGCGCGCUUCAACCGCAACUUCCGCCACACGCGGUCGGUGUCGUUCCCGACACCAUUGUACCCCCUGGUGGCGCCAGACGUGCUGGUGGAGUCCUUUGAGGCCGGCAGGCACAUCACUGCCUACAUGGCGUCCCGCGACGCCCACCCCUACAGCCACCGCCUGGCGGAGCUGGGCAGCGGCACCAUGCUGCAGAUGAUGCUGGUUGACAACCUCAUCCACUCAGACCUGCACCCGGGCAACAUCUUGGUGCGCCUGGAGGCGCCCUCCGGCCUGCUGGGCCUCGCCCAUAAGGCGUUGACUAAGCUGCUGGACGUGACCGCAGGCGCCGCGACCGCGGGCACCGCCGUCGCGGCCGCUGGCGAUGCUGCCAUCCACGCGCGCAAGGACGAGCGGCGACGGCGCGACGAGGAGGGGGCGGAGCAGCGGCCGGCGCCGGCGCGCCCGCGGCGGCCGCGGGCCGGCGCGCUGCGGGAGCGGCUGGCUGCGCUGCACGCGUCGUGGCUGGAGCCGCGGAUCGUGCUCCUUGAUGUGGGCAUGGCGACCGAGCUGUCAGGGGACGACCAGGCCAACAUGGUGGGGCUGUUCAAAGCAUUCAGCCAGCUGGAGGGCGCGGAGGCGGCGGACUGGGUCCUGAAGUUCAGCGGUCAGGAGCAGGCCUGCAAGGACCCGGCGGCGUUCAGGGACGACAUGGAGCGGACGUUCUCGGUGCUGAGGGUGGCCCAGGACAGCUGGGACUCGUCCCACUUCGACUCGGGCGCAGACGCACUGGCCGCGGUGCUGGAGCACGUGCGGCAGCACGGCGUGAGCCUGCCUGGCCACAUUUGCGCGGUCGUGGUGACGACGCUCAUCCUGGAGGGGUGGUCCAACAAGCUCGACCCCGAGUUCAGCGUCCUCACCCAGGUCCAGGGCAUGUUUGAGCCGGCCACCCGCGGCUGGCACGAGAGGAUCUGCCACGCGGUCGACCUCGUGAUGGAGCGCGACGACACCGCCCUCGCCAUAGCAUGA